AGAUUUGGAAAUUACCCCAAUCGAAUUUGCUGUCGGUAGUUGUCUGCACGCAGUGAUAUGACGAAGUGGGUGGGUAUCGUAUCUUGUGACGCCUAGUUUAUCAUCAUGGAUGCGAAGACGGUGAGGGUGUCCAGUUUGACGAAUGUAAUGCUUUUCACAGUCGUUGCAAUUUAUCUUGUUCAUGAUGUUGGCUUUAUUUUCUUUUGCUGUUGAGUCUUUCGGUCGACACAUAGAGCCGAGUGAGGUGAUUUUGUUGGUUUAUGGUCUGUAUCAAUUGCAAAAGAUUUGAAUAGUCCAACAGUGAUUUCGGAGAUGUUUUUUUCAUAUGUGAUUCAUCUAGUUUUAUGCCUAAUGAAAGCACUGCACCUUCAAUCAACACUUGCACAGUGGAAAAUCCUCCCUUUUCAUACAAUAUAAACAAUCAGACGUGUUCAUCAUCAAAUGAAACAUCUACCAAAAAAGAAGACGAUAAAUAUUCCAACAAUUAUGAUGAUGAUAGUGCUUCAUCGUCUGUUGUUGCACGUCUAUUUGGUGGGACAUUAUUAAGGCAUACAUCUUGUGUAGAAUGUCAGCAUGUUUCAAGUUCUCGACAAGAACAAUUUACGUGUUUGUAUGUUCCGCUAACAAAGCCAAAAGAAUUGUUAUUGUAUGAAGAACAAUCGGUUAAGGAGAAUUCAAGCUUUGUAAACGAGAUUCCUGAAUCGAAUGAUUCCGAUUCAACAGAUGAUCAAAUCGUUGAUCCUGGAACUGAUUUAUCCACAUUAAUACAAGCACAUUUUACACAAAUUGAACAUGUUGCCUCAUCAACUCAAUGUGAAUCAUGCGGUAAACGUACUCUACAGGCAAGAAGCCUAAAACUCCAACAACUUUCAUCUCAUGUAUUAAUAUGCUUAAAUUUAUUUCGAUAUUGUCGUGUAAAACAAACCUGUUCAAAAAUUAUGCAUCGUGUACGUAUACCAGAACGGUUAUCAGUGACAGUGUCGGCAUCAAAUACAGAAACUUCUUAUGCAUAUAAUAAUAGUAAUACGAAUGGUAAUAAUGAUCUAUCUACAUCGAAAGAUUCAACAAGCAAAUCUACUAAAUGUCAUUCAAGGACAUACAGUCUUCAAGCAAUGAUUGUACACAGUGGUGUCUCUAUUAGUUGUGGGCAUUACACAUGUGUCGCGAAAGUUGGCAUGCAAUGGAUACUAUUCGAUGAUGAUAAUGCUGGGUAUACAACGCUAGAAGAUGUUUAUUCUGAGCCUUUAGCUACACCCUAUCUACUAUUGUAUAGUCAAGUUUCUUGAUUGAUAAAAGAGUUGUUUUUUUGUCAAGUCUUUUUCUUUACUUUGUCCUCUUUCAGUUUUGUUUUAAUUGCUUUUCUUUUUUUGGAGGGGUGGAUUGGAGUGGGGUGCGAUUGGUGUUCAGCUGUAAUUCUUAUUUCGUUUAGUUUGUAUACACACUUGUUUCUUUUUGGACGCAUUGUUUUUUCAAAGUAUUUCCAGUCAGUCAGUCAGUAUAUUAAGAAAUGUUCUUCGAUUCUUGUGUAUUUUUUCUCUCUCUCGUAUAUAUGUAUGCAGUAAGUUUUCAGAAACUGUUAGAUAGUGGCAGAAAAGUGAUGAAUACAUACAUAACUUGAAGAAAUUUGGCUUUCAUUGUACUAUUAACUUAAUUAGCUUAAAAAAUGUUCUCAUUGAGUCGUACAAAAAAGAAAAGAUGUUUUG